AUGAAGAGCAAUAAGAGAGACAUGGAGAAGAGGUCAGAGAUAAGUUUUUGCAUUGAAGAGCUUUCUAUGAUGGUUAUAGUUAAACCUGGUGAAAAUCAUGAGUCUUCCUUCAUCCCCACCAAGCCUUUCCUCUCUGUUUGUUACCUGGUUCUACAAGUUCUUGAUAAGAUAGGACCAACUAUGGCUGUUUUGAGACUAGACGUUUACCAGAAUAUUAAGAGAUUGGAACUCAUGCAUGAAUCAGAUCCAUCAUUGAAUUCGAAUUUGGUUGAGAUUUUGAAAUCAGAAGCAAGAGAAGGCAAUGCCAAAAAAGGGUCUAGCUGCAGUAAGGCCUUUGUUUGGCUCACUAGGACCCUUGAUUUCACUUCAUUAUUAUUACAAACACUUGCAAAAGAUCCUGAAAAGAAAAUGGAGCAAGUAGUUGAAGAGACUUAUGAUGCUACUUUAAAACCAUGGCAUCGAUGGAUUUCAUCAGCUGCUUUCAGAGUGGCUCUAAAACUAGUACCCGAAAGUAAAAUUUUCAUCGAUCUACUUAAGACCGAAGAUGAAAACUAUGACACCCUGAAAGAGAAAAUGCAGAUGUUGGUUUCUUUGUUUGUGCCUUUUCUUGAGGAUAUCCACUGUAUUCUAAAAUUGUAUAACUUGGACGAGCUAAAAUCAACCUAA